GUGUUUACUGUAGAUUAGGUUAGUGUUGCACAAGCCGCUGCCAGACGUAUUAUUCAUAGCUUAGUGAGUAUCGUAAAUGUGAAGUGUAUUCGUUUAGAGUAAAUAAACGAGAAAAGUUCACUUAAUACAACAACGAAACAUUUUAUCAUCUCCAAGUGGCGUUUGCUUUGUGUACGCUAACGAUCGCCACGCAUCACGAAGUCGCGCAUUCGCCGCGACGCCGUUGAAGUCACUUGGUACAGUGCAACAAGCGACAAACCCGAUCCGAUCCGAUCGAUGUGAUCAGCCACUGUAGUAUCCAGCCCCCCGUCCACUCCUGUGCGCCAAAGCAGACUAACAGUUCAGGUUACACAAUCUUUGCUGGAGGUCAGACAGUGUAAGUGUAAAAAAAACACACACACACACAAAUACACGCGCACGGAAUGGCAUGAAAAUCGAUGAUUUCCUCCCAGACGACAGGUUGCCGCUUCAGAGAAGAGAAGUCUGCGCCUCGAAUCACCUCGAUCUCACACAACGCAGCUGAGCCUCAUCCGUGGCGGUUCGUGGCCAUUCUGGUGAUAUUGUGCUCCGAAAAAUAAAUACAAAAAAAAAAACAACAGUUGUGAAAGAAAACAAAUCUGUGCGCGAGAGUUGUUUUUGGGUUAAAUAACCGUUACGAAAAGGGGAGAAAGAUUUGAUGCAGUGUUGAGUUUUUUGAAAACAAUUAAAAAUCUGUGAGUGAUAGUUCGCGGUUGUGUUACAAAACAGCAGAAGAUUUCCGUCAUGGUUCUCCUGGCAUUAGCCGUAGGCGGAUUAGUACUUGUGGUGCUGAUAUUCUUCUUCAUGAAAUCCUCCAAAGAGCUGCCCAAAAACUGGUCCCAGCUGGUGUCCGAGAUUCGGGUGCAGCAAUGCGGUACUAUCGGCAUCGCCGAGGAUAUCUUGCUUCGGAGAAGGAACAAAGUUGCACUGUCCAAACAGCCCGGAAAAAUUGCACUUCUCACCGGUGGAAAUCGUGGCAUCGGUUUGCGGAUCGUGAAAAAACUCGUCGAAUGUGACAUCGAGGUGAUAUUAGGUGUCCGCAAUCCGGACCAGGCAAAAAAGGCAGUGGAAACAUAUCUGGAGCACAGCAAGGUGACCGAAGGCGCUAAGCUGCACUACGAGCAGCUCGACAUUGGCAGCAUGAAAUCGGUGCGGGAAUUCGCCACCAAGAUUCAGGGCAAAUUCGACAAAAUCCACAUUCUCAUCAACAAUGCUGGUGUGAUGGGUGUUCCGUACAAGCUGACCGAGGAAGGAUACGAGUCUCACAUGGCAAUUAAUUACUACGGACAUUUCCUGCUGACCCAUCUGCUGUUGCCCCAGCUGCGUGCCGCCGGCACACCCACGUGUCGCGCCCGAAUCGUAAACGUUUCGUCGUGCGUAAACAAAAUAGGCGAAAUCAACUACGAGGACAUCAAUCGGAGCAAGGAUUAUUACCCCGCGGAUGCAUACAAUCAGAGCAAGUUGGCCCAGGUGCUGUUUGCGAAGCACACCAAUCUGCAGUUCGUGGAAGAUAACGAGCCAAUCCAGUCCCAUUCGGUGCAUCCAGGCGUCGUGAAUACCGACCUGUUCGAGCACUCGAGCACCACCUACGUUCCAUGGGUCCGACAGUUGCUGUUUAAGAGUCCAGAGGAGGGCGCUCGGACAGUCGUCUACGCAGCCAUCGCACCACAGCUCGAGGGCAAGGGAGGAACCUAUCUGAGCAACUGCCAAGUGACGACUUGCCAUCGCCACUGGAAGAAUUCGGUCCAGUGCGAGAAACUGUUCCGUCUCACCUGUGAUACGCUAGAUGUUAAGGACUUUUUCCGUAAGCAGUCACAAUAAAGGGGAUCCACCAGCAGAAGCAGAAUCCUAACGGAAGGAAGAAGAAAAAAAUAUAUUCAAAGCGUUGAUUUCGUUUUCCAGAGCCAUCUGAAUCAUUAAUUGUAUAAAUUAAUCCCCACCAUCAGCCUGGACUACUCUUUUCUCUCCUCCCACGCCGCUGAUGGAUAGGGAUCAUUUUCCAAAUAGCUUUCUGAAUAAAGCUAUAAAUACAUCACAUUUAAUUAAUGCUGAAUCCAUUUAUUCAGAAGCAUUUUCCACUUCGGAUGAGACGGCUUCGCACAAGGAAGAAUAAACGAACGACAGCAGAAUCAGCUUGAAAAAAUGAUGGGAUGCUGGGAAUCACUGAAAUGCAUUUCAUUUUUAUUUAUUUCAUCUGAUCUCUGUGUCUGUUUCUGUGUUCCUCUCGCUCUGGUCCUCUCCUAUAGAUAAUGGUUGGGGAAAAGUUGAACUGAAUAUGCGAGUAAUAAAGCUAGUAUAUGGAUAGCCGA